GGUCUCUCAUGGCGCAUAGGUUGUCGGUCUGUUUUAGCGGCUGAGUUUGUCUUUUAGUUAUCAAGCUUUCGUCGAUUAAUGUUUUGGCGUCUGUUCUCCCACCUGAGAUAUGGAGGCCACGAUGUUUCAGCUGAGGUUGUUUAUUCACCAGCGGCUGUACGGAGCAGCAGAGGAGAUCCUCGGAGAGGUGGAGAAAACCAUCACUUUAGCUCUGCACGAAGCCCAAGUUUAUCGAUCUAAAGACGAGGCGGGAAGUGUACGACAUCAGCUGGCUCAUCUGCCAAAGAAAUCAGCUGCUGAACUUCCAGCGACCAACAGUACCAUGGAACAUGGAGACAAACGUGACUCCCCGUUGCUGCAGGAAAACCAGGGACCUCCAACCCCAGAAGAGUCUUACUUAACAGUUUCUAAUUUAAGUGCAGAUCUAAGCAAUAACAGCUGGAACUACUGCCUGGUGGAGAUGCCUGAGGUGAAGAAGGAGCAGGAGGAGCGUGGGGUCGAGAGUGAAACACCAGAGAUUUUUGUUUCUCCUUCAGAAAUUGUGAAAAGUGAGGAAGACCGAUUGGAGAUGCUGAUAUCACAUGAAAUGCAGCCGCUUUCUUCAGACUCCUCUGCAGCUGUGAGUGACGAGGAGAUGGUGAACAGCAGAGGAGGGGAACAGCCCAAAAUGGUGAAAGAGAACGAAAAGACGCUGCCAGGAAAACCCGUUGGUGACAAUAAGAAAGACCAAGCAGCUUUGUCUAGUGAGAACUGCUCUGUUAAAGGGAAAAAAGACCGCAGUUUCUGCCAUUUGUGCGGGAAGGGAUUUUACUACAUCGCUGCAUUAAAGAAACACAUAAAAACACACAAGAAGUGUACUGAUUGUGUUCUUUGUGGGAAGAAAUACAAGUAUAAAAAAGAACUUCUUCGUCAUUUGAAAACCAAACACAGAAAAGCAUUUUUUUGUGAUGUUUGUGGUAAGACUUUUCCUAUUUCCGUUGUCUCCAAACGCACAAGAAAACACACAUGGACAUGGAAGAGCUUGUGUGUCAAGAAUGUGGCAGAACUUUUCACCGCAGGGACCAUCUCACUGUGCAUGUGAGGACCCAUUCUGGAGAAAAACCGUAUCACUGUGACGUCUGUGAAAAAUCGUUCAGUCAAAGCCAGAACCUUACGAUUCAUAAAAG